CGAUGUCGAGACGUCUCUACCUUGGCAGGUUACCUACGGAUGCUCGUUCAGAUGAUGUGUCCAAAUUUUUUGACGGCUAUGGUCGUAUCAUCGAUUGUCGUGUCAUGACUGGUUUCGGCUUUGUCGAAUUCGAAAACGCUAAGGACGCGGAGGACGCAGUACACAACUUCAAUGGGAAACCCUUCAUGGGCGUCAACAUUGUCGUCGAGUUCGCGAAGGAGAGUCGCCCACGUCGGGAGGUUUAUGACAAUGAUAGAGGGGGUGGGGGUCAUGGCGCUCCGCGGUCGCGGAGGCCCCCUGGUAUUCGCCUAAUCGUUUCAGGCGUGUCCCGUGACACGAGUUGGCAGGACUUGAAAGACUUUGGACGCGACGCCGGCAGUGUAUCCUUCGCAGAUAUUGACCGUGACGUUCCCGGUCAAGGGGUAUUGGAGUAUCUGUCCCGUGAGGAUGCUGAUCGUGCAGUAAAAGAACUGGACGGUAAGGAUCUCCGUGGUCGACCAGUUCGUGUCGCCCUGGAUGACUCUCGCUCUGGCCCUGACAACUAUCGUCGCGACGAUCGCCGCGACGACCGUCCCCGUGAGGACCGCUACCGGGAUAGGGAUGACAGGGGAUAUCGCCGGGACCGAUCCAGGUCACCUCCUCGUCGUGCCGAACAUGAGGACCGUCGUCCGCCCAGGUCUCCGCCCCCCAGGAGGGAGGUUGAUGAUAAAAGGCCUGCAGGGUACGAUGAUCACCGGCGAGGAGGCUAUGAUGACCGCAGACCCCCUGAUUAUUAUUAUGACCGACGCAGGGACGAACCAGAACGACGCAGAGACGACAGGCGACGCGACGAGAAAGAUGAGCGCUACGACGAUAGGCCGAGGAACGCAAACGGUGAUGGCGGAUGGUCGCGUUGAGUGGAUCUUAGUACGCUACCGGGCUCGAGAUAAAAAAUUCGGACGGCGAUCGAUGGUUUAUUUCCCUUCUGUCUUGGACUUCCUCGAAUAUGGUGUUGUCGUUUAAGGGGCCCCGUGUACUUCUCAUGGUCAAUGGUUGGUCCACACCUCGUGUCAGGAUUUAUGAGGAACACCGGCCAAUGGGACAAAAAUCUAUAUCUCCCUUAACUGUGAGCGGUGGAUCCAAUUGGUCAAGGCAUCCCGGAAGGAGCAAAACCCGACCAUAUCUUUCUUCGCCUCUUACAUAAGCCCUCAGAAAUUUUCAAGUUGCGAGGGAUACUUGGCGGGUCGUUUCCCGCCAUCAUCUUGAGAGGAAGUUUAAAGGAUACCUCUGGGUUUCCGUAGAUACCGCCACUUUGUUGAAAGCCUCAUUGUUUGCGUGUCUAUCCAUAAUGGUAUAUGAUCUGUGAUCCGCUCUCCAAGCCCAUCCAGCUGAGGUCUCGAUUGUCAUCGUUUGACUUGAGCUCGGCAAGAGUCCCAUCCCUCAUCCUCAGCCAACAAGUUACUGUAGCUCUGCCAGCUUUCGUCACUUUCCCAAUUUUCGCCCUAAAAUGUCGCAACGACAAACUCGGGAGGACGCGAAGAUGGACUGAUUGUGUAGCCUGGAGGAGCUGGUCAACUCCGCCUGAAUCUGAUGGGGGCUCAAAGCACCGGUAUAAUUCCAAGUCUAUCAGGUGGUUGCUGAGCUUGUCAGAAGACACGACUCGCGUCGAAAUUUCAUCCGGAGUGCCAUGCUUUUUACACAAGGCAUCCCAUUGGCGAAACAUUUGACACCGUUCUUCCUGUGAUGCUGCACCCGAUUCUAAGACCUGGGAGAGGUAGAAAAGCUCCGAGUCUGUGCGUUCUCUCACCGAUAUUGAAGUUCCGUCGAGAGUCAGCAGGGAUGGAAUCCUGGCAAUCACGAAGGGCCGGGAGCGCAAAUCAAGGCUGUGACUUGGAGAUGUUGAUUCCAAGCUGGUGAACAGAGGGGGGUGAGCGUCCCCCAUCAGUGGAUUGCCGCUCAACGACAGUGUUUCUAGAGCAGGAAACCACAAUGACACGGCAUCAAUGUCGGUCCAUUCGCUUAGAAAGUUGGAUGAGAGAGAGAGGUGCUUGAUCCCGUAAAGCUGCAUAUGUGUCGGGUUUGGGAAAGGAAUCACACGAAUCCCAUUUGAGGUCAGGAUAACGCGGCCCAGUAGCCUAUAAGCUUGUAGAGAUGAGCAUAUUUGAAUCCAGUCACUACACAGGUUAUUGUCUAGAUUGAGUACUUGAAUGGAGGAGUUGGACAAAGGUUUGUCCGGAUCACUUGAGAGGUUGUCAAUUUGGUUAUAGCCCAUUUCCACUAACCGCAGCUGGGGCAUGAAGGCCGUGAUGAUCUGCAUUUCUCUCCAAGUUACCAAUGUGCCGUUCAUUU